AGCCAAACCUCACUGAGUUUUUGUUCAAUUUAAAGAGUCCUCUGCCGAUGAAAACUUGUCAAACUACCGGGAGACUUCCGACUAGCUAACACGUUUUUCUGCUCAAAAACAGUUAACACCGUCGGUAACCGGAGCGGACACACACGGGUGAUGAAAAUGAUUUAGGACGACUGUAACUUUGGUGGUGUGUGUGUGUGUGUGUGUGUGUGUGUACCGGCACGGAUGGAGACGCUCUGAGGGUGACAGUGGGAAAGUCCUCCCCCCCCUCCCCCCCCCGCCUGAAGGCCGCACAGAUGUUUUCGCUCGGUCAGGAGAACAUCUCCACCUCCCCUGCUUCCACCAAAGGACCAGUGAAAUAUGGAGAGCUCAUUGUGCUGGGGUGUAACGGCACGCUGCCCAACGGUGACAAGGGAAGGCGGAAAAGUCGCUUCGCUCUGUGUCGCAGGAACAAGUCCAACGGUGUGAAACCCAGCACUGUCCACUCAUCCUGCACGCCUCUGGCUGCCAAGGCUGUGAGCAACAAGGAGCAGCACAGCAUCUCUUACACUCUGUCCCGGGCACAGACGGUGGUGGUGGAGUACAUGCAGGACAGCAACACAGACAUGUUCCAGAUUGGUCGUUCUACAGAGACUCCUAUUGACUUUGUGGUGACCGACACGCUGCCCGGUGGUCAGAGCCAUGUUGACGGCCAGACGGUUCAGAGCACCAUCUCCCGCUUCGCCUGCCGCAUCAUCUGCCAGAGGAACCCUCCUUACGCUGCACGGAUCUACGCCGCAGGCUUCGACUCCUCCAAGAACAUCUUCCUCGGGGAGAAAGCAGCCAAGUGGAGGAUGCAGGACGGUCAGAUGGACGGACUGACCACCAACGGCGUUCUGGUGAUGCACCCGCGCCACGGCUUCAGUCAGGGCUCCAAACCUGGUCUGUGGAGGGAAAUGUCCGUCUGCGGCAACGUCUUCACGCUGCGGGAAACCAGAUCGUCUCAGCAGAGGGGCAAGAUGAUGGACCCUGAGUCUAACGAGCUGAUGGACGGGUCUCUGGUCGACCUGUGCGGUGCCACCCUGCUGUGGCGGACGGCCGAGGGCCUGGCACACACGCCGACCGUCAAACACCUGGAGGCGCUCCGGCAGGAGCUGAACGCCGGGCGGCCGCAGUGUCCUGUGGGCCUCAACACGCUGGCCUUCCCCAGCCUUCGCCGCAAAGACGUCCUGGACGAGAAGCAGCCUUGGGCGUACCUGCGCUGCGGCCACGUGCACGGCUACCACGGCUGGGGGGGGCGCCGCAACCCCGAGGUGGAGGCGGAGUGUCAGGAGAGAGAGUGCCCCAUGUGCCGGACGCGGGGCCCCUACAAGCCGCUGUGGCUGGGCUGCGAGGCGGGCUUCUACGUGGACGCGGAGCCCCCCACCCACACCUUCGUCCCCUGCGGUCACGUCUGCUCGGAGAAGACGACUGCGUACUGGAGUCAGAUCCCGCUGCCGCACGGCACGCACACCUUCCACGCCGCCUGCCCGUUCUGCAUCCAGCCGCUGAGUGGAGAGUCCGGCUUCAUCAGACUCAUCUUCCAGAGCCCGCUGGACUAGAAACUAGAGACUUCUUAUCUCACAGAACCAUGAGUUCUUUUUAGAACUUAAUUUUUAUAACUUAAUUUAACUUAAUUACCGGGUUGUUUCCUUUCGUUGAACAUCAUUCAUGAUUCAGUGUCUUCCUCUAAAGUGGUGAACCUUCUUCCCUGGACUAAACUGUGAUGAUGUUUGAUUUGUCUUUUUAUUUAUUCCUUUGCCUCUUCAGUAAUGUGUUUUGUAAAUGUAAUGCAGAACUAAGCCUUAAUGUCUCACACUGCAUUAAAGAGAUAUUAACACUAAGACAUGAUCACAGUUUUGUUUCGGCUCUUUCUUUGGGAAACACUGAAUUUUUAAGCAGUAAAAUGUUAAAAACAAUAUUGUGGCACAAACUCGAACUUUUCGUGAUCCACAACAUUUUUCUGUUUGUGAUCUUUUUCUCUGAAAUCCCGUGACCUUCCUCUGUAACGCUGUUUCCCUUUUUGAACACAGAUUAACUGUAUUUUAUGAUUCUAAUACGAGCUUUGUAUCACAACAUAACAAAAUAUAUUUCUUGGGAACCUU